AUGGGUGCUAGACUUACACGCUCCGAUUUUCAGUGGGUAUAUACCGAUGAACCACAUACAACACGUCGAAAAGAAAUGCUACAAAAAUAUCCACAAAUUAAACAGUUAAUGGGCCAUGAUUGGCGUAUUGCUAUUCAAGUUGUUGUUACUGUUUUAAUACAAAUCACAAUGGCUAUUCUAGUACGAGAUCUACCAUGGAAAUUUGUAUGGCUUCUUACCUAUAUUAUUAGUGGUACACUUAAUCAUUCACUUUCAAUCAGUUUCCAUGAAAUCGGUCAUAAUUUAGCCUUUGGAAAUCAUAGACCGAUAGCAAAUCGAAUUCUUGGUUAUAUAGCUAAUCUUCCAUUAUGUAUUCCAUCAUCAGUUACAUUUAAAAAAUAUCAUAUUGAUCAUCAUAAAUUUCAAGGUGAUGAUAUGCUGGAUCCAGAUCUACCAACUUAUUUUGAAGCAUGGUUAUUUCAAUCACGUAUUGGCAAAGUUGUUUAUAUUGCUGCUCAACCAUUGCUUUAUAGCGUUCGACCAUUGUUACGUGUACCAAAACCUGUUACAUUACUUGAAGUGAUUAAUCUUGUUAUUGAACUUGCUUUUGAUGCUACUAUAAUGUACUUCUUGGGACGAAAAUCGUUUGUUUACCUAUUUUUUGGAACAGCACUUGGCCUUGGUCUUCAUCCUAUUUCAGGACAUUUUCUAUCUGAACAUUAUAUAUUUGUUGACGGUUUUGAAACUUAUUCUUAUUAUGGUCCAUUCAAUUAUAUAACUUAUAAUGUUGGUUAUCAUAAUGAACAUCAUGAUUUUCCAAAUAUUCCAGGUUAUUUAUUACCAAAAUUGAAAAAAAUUGCACCGGAUUAUUAUGAUAAUUUACCGUGUCAUCAUUCAUGGAUUAAAGUUAUAUUUGAUUUUAUUUUUGAUCCAAAAUUAGGACCAAAAGCCCGUAUACGUCGUUCAAUGCGUUCGGAUGCAUUAAAAGCAAAUAAUGCAAUUGAUUUAAAAAGCAAAUCAAAAGUAAAUGAAGUUUUACAUGAUAAUUUCGAUAAUAAUAAUAAUAACACACACUUAUCAAAAGAAGAAAGAAAAUUACUUCAUAAGAAAAAAUCGUCGGGUAAAUCAAAUGAAGUAUCAUCAUUAGAAGUAACGAAUGGAGAUCAUUCGAAAAUGGAAUGA